AGGUCCGGUUAUACUUCAUCAACUGCAUGAUGGCAUCCCCUUAUGAUUGGAUAUCCUCGGACUAGUGGCGGCACAGUCUGUAGUGCUACUUGGAUGUCGUUCUAGCAUCCGAGAACGAGUUCGGCCUCUAGUCGAUCCUAACAUAUGUAUAUAGGGCCCGGUCGAAACCGAAGCCGUCUUCUGGUCAAAGGAAAACAACAAAGGCGAUCUACUUCCCUACAACUCGAGCCAGUCAUCCAAUUUUAACCCUAACACCAGAAUUCUAUGAUCACAAUGUUAGUAGAAUCAUCUAGAGGAAACCAAGAUAGCUAUCCGGAAAAGGAAAUGAAUUCAUCAUGGUCUGCCAUAGAAAUCGACGCCAUGAAACCGACUCAUGACCACGACCUCGACCACGACCGUGACUCUAUGUCAAGCACUUUACUAACUUCAACCAUAUCGGAAGAUGAUAAUGCUCUUUCUAGCCGAAACCUCGUCGUCGGAGGCCAGGGUAACUACCUAUCUCUAGCCGACGGACGUGAAAUACUAGACGGUUGCGGAGGAGCAGCUGUAGCAUGUCUUGGACACGGAGUCAAGGAGGUCUCUGACGCGAUCAUCGCUCAAGUUUCCACCAUCUCGUAUGUCCCGUGGGGCUUCUUCGAUAGCCAGAGUCGACGAGAUCUAAAUACAUGGAUAUCGCAAAGUUCUGGCGGCCACUUCGCCAAGGCAUGGAUCACAUCGUCCGGUUCUGAGGCCAUGGAAGGUUCAAUUAAACUUGCUCGCGAAUACUUUGUAUGGAAAGGGGAGCCCCAGCGUAUCAAUUAUAUCGCUAGGAAGGAAUCAUACCAUGGCAUCACCUUGGGUGUGCUGUCUGUAGGAGGUCACUUCAGCAGAAGAAGCCCCUUUCAACCGCUCUUGCUGCCCAACGUCUAUCGCAUACCGGCUUGUAACCCCUACCGCCAACGGCUUCCGGGAGAGACUGACGAUGAGUUCGUUUCUCGGAAGGCCGAAGAGCUAGAGCAAGCUUUCGUCCAAGCUGGACCAGAUUCAGUUGUAGCUUUCAUCGCAGAACCGGUCGUCGGGGCAGCCGCUGGUUGUAUGCCUUCUGUGCCCGGCUACUUUCAGGCUAUGAAAGCUGUAUGCGAUAAAUAUGGAGCUCUACUCAUAUUGGACGAGGUCAUGUGUGGUAUGGGAAGGACAGGAACCCUCCACGCCUGGGAGCAGGAGGGUGUCAUGCCAGAUAUUCAGGCAACUGGGAAGGGCCUCGGUGGAGGUUUCCAGCCUGCUUCUGCUAUACUAGCCAGCCAGAAGAUCGUGCGGGAAAUGGAAGCAAAGAACGCAGCCUUCACACAUGGGCACACAUAUAUGAACCAUCCCGUGGUCUGUGCGACGGCCCUGAAGAUACAGCAGAUCAUUGAGCGUGAUAACCUCCUAGAAAACGUCCAAGUCCAGGGCCGUUGUCUUGAGGAGUUACUCCGGACCAAGCUACAAGAUCACCCAAACGUCGGCGACAUUCGGGGUCGCGGCUUGUUCUGGGGCGUUGAGCUCGUUAAGGACAAGGAUACCAAAAAGCCGUUUGAUCCAAAACUACAGAUCGCGCACCGCGUUCACCAAACGGCUCUAAGCGCCCCCCACAACUUGGCGGUAUACUAUGGCCAGGGCUGUGCCGGCGAAGGCAGAGGUGAUCAUAUCAUGAUCAUGCCCGCUUACAACGUCACCAGAGAUGUUGUAGAGAUGAUCGUCGACAGAUUCGUUGCUGUGAUGGAUGACGUCUUUGGAAACUUUGAGGAUGAACUAGGUGUUGAACUGAAGAAUUAGGGAAUGGAUAAUAGUGUUGUCGGCGCUAGUCGUUUCUCGCUCAUUCCUUGUAUACGCUAUAACUUUGACGACGACACCAUAAUACAAAACGUAUAUGCCCAACAGAGAGCUUGGAUUCUCGUCUAUUUGUUAACAUCAACAGUGGUUUUAGCUAAACAGCUAGAAAAGGAAAUAGUGAAAUGCCAUUCAAGAAGCAUCGAUAUAUCAAGGUUUAUUCCUCACUCGUCCCCUGGUACCCCUUUUUAGACGCUUUUCGCCAUCUACCUCAACCUCAAGACUUAUUAAAGCCAAAAUCUUAUUCUCGUAGGUAGAAAGUGAAAGGUCUCCGAAGCCAUACUGUAUUUCAUGUUUGAAUACUAAAAUUAGGGCACUCCGGAGACAUGUAUCCGCACAUAACACCGGCUUUCAACCUAUUCGCUUGGGGAGUGUAUGGG